UGCUCAAAUAAUUCCCCAAACUAAUUUUUUUUUCCCCCUAAAAAUAUCUAAACUUUUGUAUUAUUAUCCCCAGAAAAUCAUUUUCAUUUCGUUAUUGACCCACUUUUCUCCUUCUCUCUCCUCCUACUGGAUACGUUUUCCUUAAUUCAACUUUCCAUUUUCUUCCAAAAUCCCCAAAAAAAUAAUUAAAAAGAAUUUCUAGGGUUUUUCCAGUUUAUGCUAUUCAUUUUCGAUCUUCCAUGAAAUUCCCAAUUUCCGUGUGAAAGCUAGUGAUUUGACGACAAUUUUGUAGAAAAAAAAAUACAUUUCUUGUCGUCAUUUACUUCAAUUUCCCCAUAUAAUAGUCUAAACGCUGGAAUUUUUGAGUGGGUUUGAUUGGGUUUUGCAAUUUUCUGGGUAAAAGUUCAUUGUUUGUUUACUGUUGGUUUUACAGUGAGCCAUUUCAGGGUUUCGUCUGCGAAGAGAUCUGGGUGCUGUAAAUUCAUGUGAUUGCAGAAAAAGGGUAUGGUUUCUGGCUCUUUGAAAUUCAGUUUUUAGCCUUUUGUACUCGUUAUUUUCUUGGAGUUUUUAGGAUUGAGUACCCAAUUCUGGGGUGGAAUUUUGGAACAGUUGACUAUGUGUGAACACUAGUGAAAGAAUUAUAACUCGAGGUUUAUAUCAUUUUGGCUGAUUUUUGGUUGAAAGCUUAAUUAGAUGGAUAAUUCAAAUAUGUCAAAAAAUCGUCCAAAUGAGUACUUAGGUGUGAACAAGAUUGGGAAGAACAUAAGAAAGAGUCCAUUACACCAACCUAAUUUCUCUAAUAAUGGUGGUACUAAUAACAAUAAUAACCCAGCAAGGCAGCAACCACAACCCCAGGUGUAUAACAUUAGCAAGAGUGAUUUCAGGAGCAUUGUUCAGCAAUUGACAGGUUCCCCUUCUAGGCAAGAUCCUUUGCCAAGACCACCUAAUAAUCCCCCUAAACACCCGAGUAUGCGGCUUCAACGCAUUAGACCACCACCGUUGAACCCUAUUAACCGCCCUCCAAUGCCAAUGCCAAUGCCAAUGCCAAUGCCGCAAGUGGUUGCCGCUCCGGCUCCGGCCCCGGCUCCUAUUCAGGGUCCUCAUAUGGCACCACCACCUCAAGUCCCUUACAAUAAUAGACCACCGCCUCACUUUGGUCAGCGUUCCCCUAGAGGGAUGCAGCCGUUUGUUCAUGGUGAUGGAGCUUGGGGGAAUCCGGCACUCUCUCCUAUAUCAGCCUAUAUGCAGCAACUGCAAAGCUGUAUUGGUGAUGGUGGUCCUAGGUCUAAUCAAUUCCAUCAACAACCACAUAUGCAAGGACAAUUUCAAGUUCAUCAACCUCAGAUGCAGCCACAAGUUCCAAGGCAGCAUAUUCAAGGUCAGCCUCAGAUGCAGCCACAACAUGGUCAUGGACAUUUUCAACCACAAGCUCAUCCUCAUCCUCCACCUCCUGUGCAUGUGCAGGCACAACCACAACCACCGUCGCCUGGUUUGCUUCCUAAUCCAAACAUUCCACCAUUGCCUUCACCAGGAACAAAUGGUCCACCCCUUUUGCCAUCACCAACUUCCCAGUUCCUGCUUCCUUCACCAAGUUUCUUUAACAUGUUGUCUCCAACACCGAGGUCACCAUAUCCUCUUCUUUCACCCGGAAGCCAGUUUCCACCGCCAUUGAGUCCAAACUUUGCAUUUUCACCAAUGGGUCAAUCUGGGAUUUUGGGUCCAGGCCCUCAGCCACCACUUUCUCCAGGAUAUGCAUUUCCUUUAUCACCUUCUGGCCUUUUCCCCAUGUCAAGCCCCAGAUGGAGGGAUCAUGGCUUUUAGAAAUUGUGAAUGACUUGUUAGAUCGGCUGCUGCAGCAUGGGUGUUUAGGAUGCAGGAACAUAUCCUUCAUCGUAGGAUUCGUUUAUAUGUUGUGCAUUGGGAUGAUUUGUACAAUCUGAUCUUAGUUGCUCAGUGGAAAUUAUAACUUUUCCAUAGUUCUUUGUCCAUACUGAUGAUUGUGAACAUGAAAGAAGUGGAUAUCAGCUGUAAGUUGUUGGUUCUCUGGCAAAAAGCUCUCUUCUUGGCGCUCUGAUGUGAUCACUUAAUUAUCAGCAAAUUCUGACAGAGUUCUAAUCGCAAGAGGAAGAUGGUAGAUUACCACCGAAACAAGCUGGCAUUACAACCACUCAAGAUUAUACUAUUUGUUUGCAGGAGCGUUUGCCACAGCCUCUGUAUUUUCUCACUGAUAAUGUCCUUUUUGGCUGAAGAAGGGAGAGGGUUGGGGUAAGUGGAUAACUUUUGCUUCUUACUUAAUCAAUGUGAACGGCAAAUGUGAAAGGAUGUUUGAGCUUUUAGAUCUUUUAAAGCCUGCAUUUCUACAGCUAAUAUAAAAAGAGAUGUUUAUUGUACAAAAACAUUCCAUGUAUCAUCUUGGUUUGAAUCGAGUGAGAUUUUUUUUAA